GCGGUGAGGGCGGCCCGGGGGGGUCCGGAGCGGUUUCGGGGCUCCUGGGGGGUCUCGGGCGGUUCCCGGGGGGUCCCGGAGCUCUCGCUUCCCUCAGGCCAUGGCGGACCCGUCGCUGCUCUCGGCCGAGCUGGAGGCGGACGAGGAGGAGGAGGCGGCGGCGCUGCGGCGGCUGCUGCUGCAGGUGGCCCCGGACCCUGAGGAGGCGCCGAGCGCCGGCCCCGCCCGGGCCGUGACCCCGCAGCCGGGUUUCUGUGUGAAGACGCGCGAGGCGGGCGGGGGUCCCAAGGUGUUCCUCAACGUUUGCCACUCGCCCGAGGUGCCGCCCCCGCCGCCCGUGCCCCCCCCGGGGCUGCAGCAGCUCCUGCGGGACCCCCCCGGCCCCGGCGGCUCCUUCCGCAUCCCCAUGAGCCUGGGGGAGCCGCACGCCGAGCUGGACCGAGGGGGAAGGGGCUGCACGGCCUACGACGUCGUGGUGAACUCGGGGUUCUUCAGGACGCUCAAGGCCGACCCCCUGUACCUGGAGUUCUUCCUGACCGUGGCCCUGGAGGGGCUCUCGGACAAGUACGGGGUGGAGCUGGAGCUCACCGGCUGGCGCGUGCUGCGGAACCGGCGCUGCCUCGGCUCCAUCGCGGCCCAGAACAUCCGGGCGCGACCCCAGCCCCGCAUCCAGGAGCUGCCGGGGAGCUGCUGGGGUGACGGGAACCCCUGGGACCCCUCCCCAAAAGCCGCGGAGACCCCCGGGCCCCCCCCGUUCGUGGUCGUGGCCUCGCCCUCGGCUCAGGAGCCGCGGGAGCUGCAGGCGAGGGUGCACCUGGGACAGGAGGGGGCGGGCUCUCUGUGGCUGGGGCUGAGCGAGGAGCGGCUGCUGCUGCUGCGCCCGGCGCCGCCGCCGGGGGGCGCUCCCGGGGCCCCUCCGGGCCGCCAGGGGGCGCUGCUGGAGCUGGGGCUGCCGCUGCGCAUGCGUGCCGACCCCGCGCGGGGCCGCGCGCGUUUCCACCGCCGCUCCAAGGUUCUCACGGUGACGAUGCCGCUGCUGCGGGCAUGAGGGACCCCCGAAAAACCCCCAGGAGACCCCCAAAAAACCCACCCGGGACCCCCCGAAAAACCCACCCGGGACUCCCCAAGAAACCCACCCGGGA